AUGCACAUAAACGUGCAAUCCGAACCACGAGUUACUCCGUUCCACAAAUCUCGCUUCAGAUAUUCGAAUGAUUCAACCAGCGACGCAUUUCGGACAUGUCCAUCCACGGAGGUCCCAACCUGCAGAAUACAUCAAUAUCCAGGGACCAGCGCCGAGGCAAGUUUGGACAUCCAAUAUGCAAUCUCUCUCGCAUACGACACAUUCGCAACAUAUAACACCACUUCAGGUCGUGCACCAUAUCUCCCUGAAACUAUCGGGACAGACAAAGGCGAAUCCGUCAAUGCGCAGUAUCUGGAGCAACCCCAGUAUCUUCUGGGCCUCUUGGAUGAGGAGCUGCCUGCAGUCCUGUCGACCUCGUAUCAUGAAGAAGAGCAGAGCAUCCCUGAAUCGUACGGUGAGGCGACUUGCAGUCUAUUUGCUCAACUAGGAGCGCGUGGUGUCUCAGUGAUCUUCGGCAGCGGGGAUGACGGCGUUGGCCGACCAUGCCUGGCCAACGACAACACCAACAGGACUAGAUUUCAAACGAUAUUUCCAGCGUCUUGCCCUUUGCCACUUCAUGAUAAUGGCUUUUUGGAGAGCAUUGGUAGCCAGAGGGAUGGAAUGUACAAUCCCCACGGAAGAGCGGUCCCCGAUGUCGCCGCGCAGGCCAACAACUAUAUCAUUGUUGAUCAUGGCGAAAUAUCUCACAUAGGAGACACCAGUACCGCUACACCUGUUUUCGCAGCGAUUGUGUCCCGGUUGGAUGCGGCGAGACUGGAGGAUGGCAAGCCCAGAUUGAGCUUCCUCAACCCCUGGCUUUACUCCCUGAACCAAGCCGGGCUCACCGAUAUUGUGGACGGAGGUUCAGUAGGCUGUCUAGGCGAUCACGGUGUUAAAGUGCCGUAUGCUAGUUGGAAUGCCAUGGUGAAAGUAGCAAGAGAAUUGUGA